CUCACACUCCUUCAGUCAACCAACACCAUCCAAAUCAUCAGAUAUCAACCACCUCACUUCAGCAUGGGAUUCAUCAUCCCGAUCGCAUUCGCCAAGCUGCUCUUCUACCUACUCACACUAUGGAACGCAUUCAAGGCACUCAAGGUACCCAAGACCCGUCGGAAGAUCCCUCGCCCAGUCCUCAACCGAGCAGCCAACAGCAACCCAGUUCCACUCCAGACAGCACCAUCAUCCGACCCUCUCAGCUCAGCUCAAAAGACACGAAGGACGAGGAUAAAGGAGAUGACAAAAGUCUGUCUGGUCUGGGUCGUUUGGACUUACGCAAAACGAUUUCUAGAUUGGAUAGCUUGGGCGAUCCCUUGGUACGAUGAAUUCAACCUGGCCUUCUUGAUCUGGUUAAUCAUCAUGGGUCCUUCGGCUGCAGACACCGUAUUCAGAUAUACCAUCCAACGAAUGGCCACUCCUUACGAACAAUCCUUCGAUUCCGUGCUCGGCACAACCCACGACGCCCUACAAGUCAUCAUGUACCUCAUCACUCGUGGUCCCAAAUCUCUCCAUCUGAAAUGGGAGCGCUGGAAGGCCCGUCAGUUCAACAAAUCAUUACUUUCAGCCAACAACACAGCAGUCCCUCCGAGCCGAUUACCCGUUUUGAAUCCAUACCAGUCUCAUUUUCAACGUACAAUAUCUCAGCAGACACUCACAUCCGACCGCGCUGUACCCAACGCGGUUUCAUCCACGUCUGCCAACUCGACAUACCUACUCGUACCGGAGAGGAAACCGACCCUGAGCCGGAAGCUUUCUGCUGGAUACAAGCGGGCUGUAUCGAACAGCAGACCCAAGCCUUUCUUAGGCGACCCUGGAUUAUUCAGCACCAGAUCGGUUUCCACCAAUCGCACUGUAUACCCAUUUAGAUCCGCACAGGGUCCCACUCUGGGCAGCUUUGCUUUUGGCACCUCGAUCGAAAAUCAACCCUUGAGGCUCUCCUCCAAAGCCAACAGGCAAUCAUCCCAUCUCCAAUCACCUCAUCAUCAAGACCCCAAUCAGGUACACGACCCAGAGGAGGAGAUCAAUUCGAUCAUCAUCCACGAUGACAGUCUCAUCUCCGCUCACGAACCCAGCCCAAUCCCCGUAGAUCCGAUCUAUGGCCCUCCGGCUCAAGUGAUCCGUCAAAAGCGAGGCCGCAACACAAACGACGAGCUCGACGCAUUCGCGCUUCGUAAAGCCAAGAAAGCUGUUCGGGCUUCAUCCACCAAACGAUCCGACAAAACGAGCACUUCAAAAACCAAGAAAGCCUCCGCACGAGUGUCCAACCUCACACCAGCUCCCCCCACUCAGAUGGCCCAACAAAAUGUCAAAUCGUCCAAGCUCACGUCCAACGAAUCUCCCUCGUUUCCAAGCCUACCAGCCCCCAAAGGUUCUUGUGAGAAUCUUGAUAGUAACAUGACCUGGGAGUUGCCUGCCAAUGCUGCGCUCCCUGAACCGGACCCCACCCUCUCGCCUAGUAAAGCUCCAGCUCCUACGGUCAAACGACGACUUCACAAUCCCGAUGAACCUCUUCCGCUGUCCAAGUCAUUCAAAACAGUCAAUUCAUCCAACCUCGUCUUCAACAAAUCUUCCUCGGUUACAAGCCCACAGCUAGCCCCCAAGAAUCUUGAUGGUGGUAACCUGACGCUGGAGUUACCCAUCAAUGCAGCGCUUCCAGAACCGGACCCUAAUCUCUCGCCAAGUAAAGCUCCAGCUCCCACGGUUAAAAGCCGACUACACAAUCCUGAUGACCCUCUUCCGCUGUCCAAGUCAUUCAAAGCCGUCAAUUCAUCCAAUUUCAUAUCCAACCAAUUUUCCUCGUUUCCAAGCCCACCAGCCCCCAAAGAUUCCUGUGAGAACCUUGAUGGUAACUUGGCCUGGGAGUUACCUGCCAAUGCUGCGCUCCCAGAGCCGGACCCUACCAUCUCGCCUAGUAAAGCUCCAGCUCCUUCGGUUAAACGACGACUGCACGAUCCUGAUGAGCCUCUUCCGCUGUCCAAGUCUCUCAAAGCUGUCCACCAUCACGAGUCUUCCAGUCCCCCGAAUCCAUCCACACCUCAACACCAACACAUCCGAGAACAAGCUCUCGAUAGUGUUCGAUCACUGACAUCAACAGAUUGUCUGCCCUCUCUAAACCGCUCGACCGGCCGACUUGCCUCUCGCUUUCCUCCCACCUCCACCCCCACUACCCCCCACCGCUCUGCUCCCAGCAGUCAUUCUAAAAAAGUUUCCUCUAACUCGAAGCCUAAAGCGUUGGUCAGAAAACGUGAGAUCUCCGGCAAGAUUGGCCAAGAUAACGUGCUGAUGGCCGCCAAGAAAUUCGAGCGUCUUCAGCACGCUUCUAGCUCCCGCUCUUCUCCCGCUUCAUCUCCUUCCAAACGCUCCGCCCACCCUUCACCCAACAAGUUCGUCGAGCCUAUCGUUCCUCUGCACGAUAUCCCUCUCGUUGGCCCCCGUUUGGAGCAAGAAGACUUCAUUGUUCCCUCCACCCCUCAGAACGCCGCCCUGAAUGAGUUCGAUCAUAAUGCAUUCAUCGAGCCUAUUCCUCCACAAAAUGUCCCACUUGCUGGCCCUAUUUCUGAGCAAAAAGAAGACCUCAUGGUCCCCUCUACCUCCCAGAAAGCCACCCUGAUUGAGUCCAAUCAUAAUGGGUUCGACGAGCCUAUUCCUACACAAGAUGUCCCUCUUGUUGAGCCCAUACCAGAGCAAGAAGAAGACCUCAUCGUUCUUUCUACUACCUCCGAGAAAGCACCACUCAAUGUUGCCUUGGAUUCUCCUGAAAACCUUGCCCAGAUUCCGACUUCUUCUUACAAUAACUUCGUCCAUCAUCAUCCCCCUAAUCCUCAGUCACACUUCAACCAUCUUUGA